CAUCCUCCUUUGAAAUAGCGUGCUCAUUCAUCCCCUGAAGCACCGGAAUCUGGCAUUUUGGUUUCCAGAACCAUGGCAACAGAAGAAAAAAAACCUGAUGCAGAAUCCACCAAAACACAAUCUACUCCUUCUUCCUCAACCAAUCAAAGCAAGCCUGCCCCUGUAAAACCAAACUACGCCUUGAAGUUCACAUUGGCAGGACACACGAAAGCUGUCUCAUCGGUAAAAUUCAGCCCCAAUGGGGAGUGGCUGGCCAGCUCUUCGGCUGAUAAACUUAUUAAAAUUUGGGGAGCUUAUGAUGGCAAAUUUGAGAAAACAAUAUCUGGCCACAAACUGGGAAUCUCCGAUGUUGCUUGGUCAUCAGAUUCCAACCUUCUUGUCUCUGCCUCUGAUGACAAAACUUUAAAAAUUUGGGAUGUGAGCUCGGGCAAAUGCUUGAAGACCCUGAAGGGGCACAGCAACUAUGUCUUCUGCUGCAAUUUCAACCCCCAGUCGAACCUCAUUGUCUCGGGCUCGUUUGAUGAAAGUGUGCGGAUUUGGGAUGUGAAGACUGGGAAGUGCCUCAAAACGCUGCCGGCUCAUUCUGAUCCCGUUUCAGCUGUACAUUUUAACCGCGAUGGUUCUCUGAUCGUGUCCAGCAGCUAUGAUGGCCUCUGUCGGAUCUGGGAUACAGCUUCUGGCCAGUGCUUGAAAACGCUGAUUGAUGACGACAAUCCUCCGGUGUCUUUUGUUAAAUUCUCUCCAAAUGGCAAAUACAUUCUAGCAGCAACUCUGGACAACACUCUCAAGCUUUGGGACUACAGCAAAGGAAAGUGCCUAAAGACGUAUACUGGCCACAAGAAUGAGAAAUACUGUAUAUUUGCCAACUUCUCUGUUACUGGUGGAAAGUGGAUCGUGUCUGGGUCAGAGGACAACCUGGUUUACAUCUGGAACCUGCAGACAAAGGAGAUUGUACAGAAACUGCAAGGACACACAGAUGUUGUGAUCUCGACAGCCUGCCAUCCGACAGAAAACAUCAUUGCCUCUGCAGCCCUAGAAAAUGACAAAACAAUUAAACUUUGGAAGAGUGACUGUUAAGUGCUUUGGACAUCACUUGAGAGACUGUGGGGU